GUGUGUGUGGCAGUGACAGGGUUAAUCAUACCCAUAUGGUGUACCAAGAGGUUUCCAAUGCUGCUGUGGGCCAAGAGCAGCCGAGAGGAAGGCAGGGGAGGGGGCAGAACAGACUGGAGAGGACAGCGGGACACACUCACUCCAACACCUGCAACCUGCUCUCCAUUUGCGCUUCAACUCCCUGGAAAAAAGGAUAAACCAACUACAUUCAACACAACUUUUUUGAAAAUCAGAUCAACCAAAGCUUUAAAGAAGACAUGUUUUAACCGUGAAGUAUUAGUUGGUUGCUUUUACUUCGGAUUUUACUAACCAAACUGGAUACGGUCCUGUAGCGUUCACGGAGAGAUUUAUAAGCGGCUCCGAAUGUCUCCGAAAGCGGGGGAAUGUAGCGCUAACAUCCCCUGAAGAAGUUUGCCUGGUUCUCCCGAGGCUAAAAAGAAGUGGGCUCGUUGAAAAGGCAAAGUUGGGAAAGCAAGAUUUAGAUCUCUGUGGUCUACCUGCAUGACUGUUGCCAUGACAGCGGCUGGACUCCUCCUCCUGGCCGUGUGUGUGUGCAAAGGUCUGGCCCUGCAGUCUGCUCCCAGGGUCCGACUCUCCUUCAAAGAGCUCAUGGACACCCGAGCAGCACGUCCUUUCAGUUUCUCCUUUAACACCAGUGACUACCGCAUUCUGCACAUGGACCAGGACCAGGGCCGCCUCUACCUGGGCAGCCGCGAGUACCUGGUGGCCCUCGACAUGCACAAUGUCAACAAGGAGCCUCUCAUAAUCCACUGGCCAGCGUCAGCUAAGAGAAAGGGAGAAUGCCAGAUGACAGGAAAGGGAAAACAGGGUGAAUGUGCCAACUUUGUACGAAUGAUUGAACCAUGGAACCGCACCCACCUGUACACUUGUGGAACGGGGGCUUACCAGCCCAUCUGCACUUUCAUCAACCGGGGCUGGAGAGCAGAGGACUACCUGUUUCGACUGGUCCCUGGAUAUGUAGACUCUGGAAAGGGAAAAUGCUCCUACGAUCCCAAGCAAGAAAAUGCUGCAACUUUGAUCAAUGGUAACCUAUACGCAGGUGUCCACAUAGACUUCAUGAGCACAGAUGCGGCGUUGUUUAGGACUAUGGGAGGGAGGACAGCUAUCAGGACAGAACAGUACGACUCAAGGUGGCUCAACGAGCCGGUGUUUGUUCAGAUCCAGCAGAUACCUGACAGCGCAGAAAGAAAUGAUGACAAACUGUACAUCUUUUUCCGUGAGAAGAGCCUGGAUUCAAACGGAGCCAGCCCCAGCGUUUUAGCGCGAGUGGGACGAGUGUGUCUGAAUGAUGAGGGUGGGCAGAAGUCCUUGGUGAACCGGUGGACCACGUUUCUCAAAGCCAGACUUAUCUGCUCCGUGAUCGGGGAAGAUGGAGUGGAGACGAGAUUUGAUGAACUACGGGACGUGUUCAUUCAACCCACUCAGGACGAACGCAACCCAAUGGUGUAUGCUCUCUUCACCACAGCAGGUUCUGUGUUUAAGGGUUCUGCAGUUUGUGUGUACUCGAUGUCCGACAUCCGAAAUGUUUUCAACGGCCCCUUCGCCCACAAGCAUGGCCACAAUUACCAAUGGACCGAAUACACGGGCAAGAUCCCCUACCCACGACCUGGGACGUGCCCGGGAGGAACCUUUACUCCUGGCAUCCGCUCCUCCAAGAACUUUUCAGAUGAGGCUGUGAAUUUCAUCAGGGCCCAUCCCCUCAUGUUUCACCCCGUCUACCCGAUACAUCGACGCCCCCUGGUGGUGAGGACAGGCGUGGAUUAUCGUUACACUGCUCUCGUGGUGGACCAAGUCGAUGCAGUGGAUGGACGUUAUGAGGUGCUGUUUUUGGGAACAGAUCGAGGAACUGUGCAAAAAGUCAUCGUUCUGCCUAAAGACCCGACCACAAUGGAGGUGCUGACACUGGAGGAAGUCGAAGUGUUCAGGACUCGAGCCGCUGUCAAGACAAUGAAGCUUUCGUCAAAAAGACAACAGCUGUAUGUAUCGUCGGACGCAGGGCUGACCCAGGUGUCGCUGCACCGCUGUGGAGUGUAUGGACGGGCCUGUUCCGACUGUUGCCUUGCCCGGGACCCUUACUGCGCCUGGGACGGCGAAAGCUGCUCUGCGUUUACCCCGUCCACAAAGAGGAGGAGCAGAAGACAGGAUGUAAAACAUGGAGAUCCACUGAGGCAAUGCAGGGGUUUCAAUGCUAAAGUGGAAAAGCGUCUAAAGGAGACAGUUCAGUUUGGGGUGGAGGGCAGCAGCACGUUUCUGGAGUGUCAGCCUCGCUCUCCUCAGGCCACAGUCAAAUGGCUUUACCAAAGGGAGGGCAAAAGGAAACUGCUGAAUCGAGUCGGAGGAGUUUUAAAGACCAACCACGGAAUCCUGUUAAAAUCCCUCAACCAAUCCGACGCAGGGUUGUACCACUGCCUAGCAACAGAGAAUAACUUCAAACACACAGUGGCUCGUGUCGCUCUCCGUAUCUUAGACCGGGAUAUCGUUUUAGCUCUGACAGGUCAGGACGAGGACGAAGAACCCAAAACACGCCACCCUCCUCAUCCUCAGCAGUCCCUCUCGUCCACACCGUUCCCCCCAGAGAUCAGACUGAUAAACCAGUACUGCCAGUCGUAUUGGGAGCAACUCAGUCCGAAACAACAGCAGAGAAAGCGCACCAGUCGGAGGCACACAGAAGGCCAGGACCAGGGCUUGGGCUAGAACCAAACAGAACAUUUUGGACUGAGUUGGACCCACGCAUGCUCAUGUCUCACCUCGGCCCCAAAGGUGAAGCCUCAUGCUGUCCAUAGAGUACUGUCAGUGGUUUUAUAUGUGUCAGAUCUAUCCAAAAUAAUAUAUGUAAAGAUUUGUAUAUUUGAUUUUUACUUCGACUUUUUAUUGUUUUGCUGGUAAGGUUUAUGCUAUUUCAUUGGAUUAAAGGUGCACUGUGUAACUUUUCUGGUGGAGAAAUUAUGUUGUUACUGCUUUGUCUGUAAUAUUCCACAGUAUGGCAUUAAAGUGUUUCCUUGGUGUAAUGUAAUUUCUCAAACCAUGUAAACACCUCAUUCAAAACUCGAUAAAUAUGUUUAAUGCUGUACUGUUGCAUAUCCUAAAAAGCAAUAACAUCUUCUAAGAGACAAGUGAGUGACGUGCCCUCUGAUGGAAAUGUUACACACUGCAUCUUUAUCAUGUUUCUAUUGCAUGAGAUUCAAAUCAAACUUUGGUCAUACACUGCAAAAAAAUUUAAAACUGACUGAAUUCAGAAUACCAGUCUUUGUUUUUUGUAGUUUUGAAUAGGUUAUAUUUAAUUGCUUACAUCACUUAGAUUAUUUCACUUGCUUUGAGAUAUUUCUGGCUUUUUAAAAUGUAUUUAAUCUUAUCCCAUUGGUAAAAAAAAAAAAAGUUCAUUUAAAUAAGAAGCAAUGCAUUGAAAAAGUUAUGACCAUGUACAAAUAAGUCAAAUAAUAUGUCAAUCAAGUAAAUCAAUUUGUUCUAGUUUAACCAAUUUAAAAAUUGAAUUCUGAAUACAAGUCAUUUUAACUUGACAUCAUUUUUUUGCAGUGUAAGCAGCUAUCAGCAACUUUCACCGGCUCGACAUGUGUCAGCAGGCUCUUUCUACGUAUAAGCCAGCACUUUUAAUACUCAUCCAUCUCAGCAAAACAAAGACAUUUUUGUACAAAGCACAAACUGAAACAACAUGGGAUCAUAAAAAGUGGUUUCAUUAUGGUGGUUCUUGUGGUCAUGUUUUUGAAAAUAGGAAAUAGUUGUACUUUACUUCCUACCACAGUAAUUGCAUGGUAAUUUCUUAGAAAUAGCUUUACUGGGUAGACUGUAUAACUAGGAUACAUACCCUGUUUACUCACUGCACUAACAGUGCCCGUUUAAAUGUGUUAUCACCAUGUACUACAAUAAUAGUUAAUUUUAGAAUUGCUGAGGAAUUAUUAGAAUUUUUAUUACAUCUAGAUUAGAAAUUUUUAGUUUGGUGCUUUUUAAUUAAGAGAUCUACAACCAAUCUCCUGUCAGCAAAAGCAUUUUAGUAUGUUACAUUAUUUUUAAAAACAGUCUUGUUCAGUGCAUAAAAUGGAUUCAUGUGUUUUAAUAGGCAAAAAUAAAUUAAUAAACAAAUAAACAAAAAUCAUGAUUGAUCAAUACGAGGGAAAAUAUAGUAAUAUUUUUGCUAUAGUGUUCAACAUUGCUUUUAGUUCCAUGCUAUUUCCAUCCUAUUACCAUUGCUAUUACUGUGCUGUUAAGUAAGUGCUACCCAGUAAAUAGUUAAGA